AUCAGUUUAAAAAACAUUCAUCUAACAAAUGAAUUGAAAUUUAAUUUGAUUUAACUUGUGUGAAGAGAGACAAAGAAUUCCAAAUGCCUGCUGAUUCAGACCUGAUACUGCCAGGAGGCGAAGAUAGGGAGAUCGAUAAAAGUCUGUUUAAAAGUCUCCCGGAGAGAUCAAAACAUGAAGACUUUAUCAGGCGGGCAGUGGAUUUACUGGUCGAGAGAGUAGUGUUCGGUAGAACCUCGAGGACUUCGAAGGUGGUGGAAUGGACCGCACCAGACGAUAUUAAGGUUGCCAUAGACUUGAAACCCAGAGAGGGACCUGUUUCACAUGAUGAACUUUUAGGACUUAUGGCCGAUGUUGCGAGAUAUUCAGUUAAUACAGGUCAUCCUUAUUUCGUCAACCAAUUGUUCUCCUCUGUUGAUCCGUACGGUUUAAUCGGACAGUGGUUAACCGAUGCAUUGAACCCCAGUGUGUACACUUAUGAAGUGGCUCCAGUUUUCACUCUCAUGGAAGAGGAGAUUCUCCGUGAGAUGAGGAGUAUUGUCGGAUGGCCGGAAGGUCAAGGCGACGGAAUUUUUUGCCCUGGUGGAUCGAUCGCCAAUGGUUAUGCUAUUAGUUGCGCUCGAUUUUACUACUAUCCUGAAAUUAAGAGUAAAGGUGUCUACGCUGUGCCAAAGCUGGUUCUUUUCACUUCAGAACUUGCACAUUACUCCACAAAGAAAAUGGCCGCAUUCAUGGGAAUAGGGAGCGAUAACUGUAUUCUUGUGAAAACUGACAUUUAUGGCAAAAUCAAUGUAGACGACUUGGAAAUAAAGAUCAACGGAGCUAUCGAAGACGGUGCGACUCCGUUUUUAGUAACGGCAACGUCAGGAACAACUGUUUAUGGAGCCUUCGACCCUUUGGUACCUAUUUCUGCUGUGUGCAAAAAAUACAAUUUAUGGCUACAUGUGGAUGCAGCUUGGGGAGGUGGUGCAUUAAUGUCAAAGAAGCAUAGACAUCUACUAUCAGGAAUUGAACUGGCCGACUCGGUGACGUGGAACCCUCACAAGCUCUUAGCCGCGCCACAACAAUGCUCCACAUUCCUAAUUAGGCACAAGAAUGUUCUCAAGGAAGGACACUCCUCUAACGCGAAGUACCUCUUCCAAAAAGACAAAUUCUACGACACGUCUUACGACACCGGGGAUAAGCAUAUUCAGUGCGGACGUCGAGCUGACGUUCUCAAAUUCUGGUUUAUGUGGAAAGCGAAGGGUUCGGAAGGUUUCGAGAAACAUAUUGACACACUUUUCAAUAACGCCAAGUAUUUCCUCGAGCACAUACGGCAGCGUGACGGGUUCGAAUUGGUCCUUGAAAAUCCAGAAUGUACUAACAUAAUGUUUUGGUACGUACCUACGUGUCUCCGUGGCCGUGAAAAUGAACCAGAUUAUAAAGAAAGGUUGAACAAGGUCGCACCAAAAAUAAAAGAACGAAUGAUAAAGGAAGGAAGUAUGAUGGUCACAUAUCAACCACAAGGUGACCUAGCUAAUUUCUUCCGCAUAGUAUUCCAAAAUUCCGCUUUGGAUCACAAGGAUAUGGUUUACUUCGCCAACGAGUUUGAAAGGCUCGGUAAAGACAUAGUAGUUUGAUUUAACAUACGAAGUAAUAUAAUUUAUACUCACAACGUACAAAACUUGCAUGUGUUACUGUAUUAUAUAAUUUAUUUGGAUUCGAUUGUAAAGCUUCUUUUUGUUGUGUGUAAUAUAGAACUUACAGUUAAUAUUUAUUUUAAAUUAGCAAUAUAAGUGUAAGUAUACUUGUU